AGAGAACAAGCAGUGAGGUACCGUUCUCCAUCGACAAAUCCAACCCACAUAUACUACCUGCCGCACCCGAAGAACAUCACUCUCCUCGGACAAGAUGCUCGCCAAGUUCGGUCUGUUCGCAGUCGUCCUCAUCCUGGGGAGCUCUGCCACCGCCUACGACGCCGACCUGGAGGAAUCCUCUCCUCGUCGGGCUCGCUUCUCCUCCAAUAGCCCAUCUGAGGUGGCUAUGUGUUUAAACGGUGCUAUAGAUGUGGGUUGUGGAACGUUUGCAUGCCUGGAGAAUUCAACCUGUGACACGGAUGGCAUGCACGACAUCUGUCACCUGUUCCUCCACACUGCAUCGAUCUUCAACACACAGGGUAAGACAUUCGUUAAAGACAGUCUAAGAUGUAUUGCCAACGGGGUCACGUCUAAAGUGUUCCAGACCAUCAGGCGCUGUGGAGUUUUUCAAAGGAUGAUCUCUGAGGUCCAGGAAGAGUGUUACAGUAAAUUGGACCUCUGUGGUGUUGCUCGCUCUAACCCUGAGGCCAUUGGCGAGGUAGUACAGAUACCUGCACACUUCCCAAACAGAUACUACAGCACUCUCCUUCAGUCUCUGCUGGCCUGUGAUGAGGAGACCGUGUCCGUUGUUAGGGCGGGGCUUGUUCCUAGGCUUGGGCCAGACAUGGAGACCCUUUUCCAACUCCUGCAGAGUAAGCCAUGCCCUCAGGGUUCUGACAUGGUGUCCAAAUCCGCCCCUCCCGGCUGGCGCUGGCCAAUGGGGUCACCCUCCUUCAACAUCCAGCCCAACAUCAGAGGAAGAGAUCCCACCCACCUGUUUGCUAGGAAACGCUCUGUGGAGGAUUUGGAGGGAGAGAUGGAGUAGAGAGGAGAGGACACAUGCAUACACAACGCUUACACCUUAAACCCCCCCCCACACACACACACACACACACUAAAGGUACCCUAAACACACAAACCAAGACACAUCACUGUCUAUGCACACUGACACAAAUGCACUCAGACACACACAUAGAUACACACGUGCAUGCAGCUUUGUCAUGAAAUGAUUAAUGCUAUAUACAUAUGGGAGGUUUGGGGCUAUUGUGAGGUAGUGGUUGAUUUGGGUGUGCGUUGAUCUGUAACUGCUGUCAAAGGUAUUUCUGUGUUGGUUGAUGAUGAGGGAUGGGGGAUAUGAAAUCUGUUACCUAGAGCUUUGAUGUGGAGUGUAUUACCUGGUCAGAAUAGACUCAACUGAAGAUACAGAGCUGUGGAAAUGAAGUCGUUACAUUUAACAUUUAUUGAUUACAAGAAAUUCCAUCUAAAUGAACCAUCAGUGUAGUUCCACCUGAUUUCCAAGCGGCUGUACACCCAUUACGCCCCAGGUUUGAUCAAUGAUUAAAAAGACAAUCCUAUUUGAAAAGUACCUAUCGGUAUAUUAUUAUACGAUUAUAUUUAGUAUUUAUUUUCUUACAAAGUCUUUAUUUAUGAUGUUAAUGUAUUGAAUCCGGUUAUGAUUGUGUUAUUGGAUGGAGUUUUCGUUGACAUCCUUAUACUGCGUCACUGGCUGAUGACAUCAUUUAUCCUCUGCUGAAGGACAUUGUGAUGUCCCUGCGCUGGCCGUGGGGCUUACAGCAAACCGCUCUCUGUAUUUGCCUAAAUUAAUGUACGAACAUAUUUGGAGUAAUUCUCUCUGCUAUGAAUAAAUGUUGUGAUCUUCAUCUUUU